CUCUAGAUGCUCUAAGGUGUCAAUGCAGCUCCCUAAAUUAAACAAGGGUAAGUCAACCUUUUCACCAUCUCACAUGGUUACUAGAAGUAGGGCUAAGUUAAUAUCUGCAGGAAGGAAAGAACACCCCAUUAAGGGAGUAGACACAUCUGAGGAUGAGUUUACCGUGGAGGGCAUUCGCUCUGCUUUCAAGGAAAGCUGCCCAACAAUCAAAGAGAGGAAAAUUCAACUUAAAGCUCCCCCUUUGGAACCACAUACAAAGCUUAGCAAAAAACAGAAAAGGAAGGCUAAGCUAAAACUCAAACAAGCCCAAGCUAUGGAGAUGACAAAAUUAGCACUUGAUGCUAAAUACACAUUGGAUAAGACUGAUUUUGAGGAUGAAUAUGGUUUCUCAAAUUAAUUGUUGCUCUUGUAUAUGUUUUUUUAUAUCUAUUUUGGUCCAUUAGGGGCAUGAACUUAGCUAUUAUAGCUUUUCGUUUUUCUUUUUAGCUUUGGUGGGCUUGUUGGGGAUUUAGCCCCCCCCCUCCUAUUGUACUAUUUUCUUUAUCUAAUAAAAUCUUCUUUCUUAA